AUGCCUCGUCCUGUCGGCAAAGCUUCUCUUGCUAGUAAGAAAAAAUGGCCCGCAGAAUUCGACUGCGCAGGGGACAUUUAUGCUGACCGAUGGCCAAUGGGCCAUCCCGUCAUCAUGUGGGCUUUCGGCAUUCCCUUUGUCGCAGUCUACGCCAAUUAUUACGUGAUGAGCGGUAGCAGUCUCAAAUCAUAA